AUGGCCUCCGACAUCCCCAGGCCACCAACACUCCGCCGGUCAUGCCAAGCCUGCGCGCGCGGCAAACGCCGCUGUGACCAGCGCUGGCCGCGCUGCACCCGAUGCCAGACCCGGAAGAUCGACUGCGAAUACAUCAACAUUCCAUUAACGGUGGGAUCCGACACAGACUCAACAAGUACCGCAACAACAACAAUCACCACCAGAUCAACCCUCUCGCCCAAACUCCCUCACAAGAAGCCAAGACAACACUACCAACUAACCCACUCCAUCCCCCUCCCCCUCCCCCUAGAGAUCACAAAGGGCUACUCCCAACCCAUCAUCGCAUACCUAGUCUCAGGCAUGCGUGCAUAUCCAUCCACCUUCGCCCUGAACAUGAAAACGCACUUCAUUCACCCAGACCUAUGGCCCAGCCCAUCUUCUCCCCCUUUACCUAUCAAGGACAUUCACACUCUGUGUAAACUACACUCCACAUCACCCACCACCACAAACAAAACCAUCAUCCCCCUCCUCAAACAGAAAUCCUCCUCUCUCCUACGCACCCUCAACCACACCUCCAGCUUCGAGGAAAUGCUAGCCACGGCACAGGCUCUCCUGCUUGCCCAAUGCAUGCUCAUUCUCUCGGACCCCGACACAGACACAUCAUCACAAGCCUACUCAGAAUCAAUCAGCACUAUGCUCUACAACCUCGGCCAGAAACUCUGGCAACAGGCCCCCAUCCAAUUACCGGGGAGUUUGAGCCCGCGCAGAGCGUGGCUAUUCGCGGAGAGUGUGCGGAGGACGAUCAUUGUGGGGUUCAUGCUAAGGAGCGUGUACUCGCUCAAGAUGCGGAAUUAUUCUGUCCGCACGCCGUUUGUGGAUUCUUUGCCGUUUGAUAUGAGGACUGGGUUGUGGGAUCGCGAUGUUGGGGUUGAUGGGGAUGAGGGUGGGGAGUCACUGGAUGCGAUGGUCUCGUUGCAUCAGUAUUCGGGCAUGCUGGAGAGUGGUGUGGUCCAUGGGAUCUCGGACUUUGGGGGGUUGAUUCUGGCGGCGUGUAGAGGGAGGGCGUUGCAGGGUGUGCCGUAUCCUUCUGUUACUGCGUAUGCGGGGUACUAG